AUGGCGCCCCUUCAGAACGGUCUUGCCAACGGCGGCAGCACCACCGGCCCGGAUACCAUGGCCAAAGGCACUGCUCGCUUCUCGGAUAUCCCUUCCGCUAUCGAUAUUCCAGCCUCUACCUUUGACAGCGAGGUCGAAAUCAGUUUACAGGAACUCCCGGACGACCCUACAGAGCUCUGCACCCUCCUAGACAAUGAAAAGGCCGCAAAGAACUUCUGGGUUAUCAUCGCUCUGGCAUACGCUAAGCAGAAACAAAUCGAUCAUGCCAUUGAGAUUCUUACUCGUGGCCUUGCCUCUCUUGCGCAUGGCGCUACAAAGGAAAGGCUAAGCUUGCUAGGCUGGAUCUGCUGGCUCUACCUGAUCAAGAGCAGGCAAGCUCCUCGAGUUGCUCCAGAGGGCCAGCUACAUUCUGAAGCAAAGACGAAAGAGUUUUAUCUGCAAGCUGCUACAGCAACUUUGAACGAGGCUUCGCGCUUGAAUCCCGCUUUUCCUCCCUUGUUUCUUGCUCGCGGUGUGCUCUCUAUCCUACGUGCGUCGUUACAGCCUCCUUCGAAACCUGUAAGACCCGGUACUAUCGAUACUUCCGAACGAGUCGAAUCACUUCAGCAAGCUAUAAAAUGUUUCGACGAGUCUGCAAAGGCAUUUGGAGGCCGGAAUAUCAUGGCUAUCUUGGGCCGCGCGAGGGCGAAUUACAUGCUUGGGCGUUAUGGCGAUGCUCUGGAAGGAUAUCAAGAAGCGCUGGUGAAGAUGCCUAGUAUGAGAGACCCGGAUCCGAGAAUUGGAAUUGGAUGCUGUCUUUGGCAGCUGGACUUUAAGGACCAGGCGAAAGUUGCAUGGAACAGGGCUUUGUCUUUAAACCCUGAUUCAAAGGCUGCUAAUAUCCUUUUGGCUGCAUACUAUUUGCAUGAUAGUUCUCGUCAUUCGACCAACGAUCCGGAAUUCAGCUCCCUCUAUAAGACUGCUAUGACGCAGUACACCCAGAAGGCCUUCAAGCUCGAUAAGGAGUAUCCGAUGACUUGUGCGACGUUCGGCAGCUAUUUCCUUCUUCGCAAACAUUUCCCGACCGUUGAGGCCCUUGCACGCAAAGCCAUUGAACUUACGGACGUUAAUGCUAUUGCUAGCGAUGGCUGGUACUUACUCGCCAGAAAGGAGCACACUGAGGGUGACCCAGAACGCGCGUUAGAGUACUAUAACAGAUCUGACCAGGCAAGAGGCGGAGCUGACAAGGGAUAUCCACCAGCCAAAUUCGGUGCGGUCCAGAUGCUAGUCAGGAGGAAGGACUUUGAUGGCGCCAAGUUCCGUCUAGAAAAGAUUAUUCAGCAGACUAAGAAUCCUGAGGCCAUGGCUCUGCUUGGAUCUAUUUAUGCAGAUGAGGUUUUUGCGGCAAGCAGUUCAAAGGAAGACAAAUCGGCGGAAGCUAAGAAGGCGAUCUCGCUACUCGAAUCCGUACGGACCAGCUGGAAGGCUGACAAGAAGAAACUCACUCCGGAUGAGUCUGUCUUGCUUUACCUUGCUAGGUUGUAUGAGACCAGUGCUCCGGAAAAGAGCAUGCAAUGCCUCAAUCAGGUUGAAGAAAUGCAAUUGGCUCAAAUUCCCGAUGAUGAAAAGCCAGACAAUGUUGAGGGUGAACAGGCCGUGAACGAUGUUCUUCGUGAGAGACUCUCGCCUCAACUACUCAAUAAUAUCGGCUGCUUCCUAUACCAGUCCGACAAGAUUGAGCAGGCUAGGACCAUGCUUCAAACCGCCCUUAACGCAUGUGUGCAAGCACAGGAACGAGAAGACGCCUCUGACACGGAUGCAUACGUUACGACUAUCAGCUACAACCUUGCCCGGACAUACGAGGCUGCAGGUAUGCUAGACGAAGCCAAAAAGGUCUAUGAAGGAUUGCUCGAGAGGCAUCGCGAUUAUGUCGAAGCCAACGCCAGACUCACCUACAUUGCUCUCCGUCUGAAUCCCGGAGACGAAGGUUCAAAGAGGAUGACCAAGCUUUACGAGACAGAAGCAUCCAACAUGGAAGUGCGGGCACUAUACGGUUGGUAUCUCAAUAAGUCUAAACGCCGCGUUGCCAAUCUGGCCGAGGACCAUGAACAACGGCACUACAAGCAUACUCUCCAGGGAUAUGACAAGCAUGACCGGUACGCCUUAACAGGAAUGGGAAAUCUUUAUCUCCUUACAGGUAGAGAUAUGCGACGAGACGGCGAACAGGAGAAAGAGAAACGGCACAAGAUAUAUGAGAAAGCCGUUGAGUUCUUUGACAAGGCUCUUCAGCUUGACCCAAAGAAUGCCUAUGCUGCUCAAGGUAUCGCCAUUGCUUUGGUUGACGACCGCAAGGAUUACUCGACUGCUGUCCAGAUAUUCUCGAAAGUCCGAGAUACUCUACGUGACUCGACUGUGUACCUUAAUUUGGGCCACGUCUUUGCAGAGCUGAGGCAGUUCACCAAGUCCAUUGAGAACGACAGAGCCAGAGACGCACAAAUCCUUGCAUGUCUCGGCCGUGUCUGGUUCCUCAAGGGUAAACAGGAACAGAAUCUGACAGCUAUGAAGACCGCGUUGGAGUAUGCUGAGCGUGCACGUUCGGCUGCCCCUGACCAAAUUCACCUUGAAUUCAACAUUGCCUUUGUUCAGAAUGAAAUAGCUCUUCUUGCAAUCAGUCUUCCCGAAGUUCAGAAGACCUCUGAGGAUGUUGAAGAGGCAAUGAAUGGCUUGACAGCAGCAAUUGAAGCUUUCGACAAGAUUGCUAGUUCAAAGAACCCACCUUAUCCACGCAGCUCAUUAGAAUCUCGAGCAACUAUGGGUAGAAACACAAUUCGGAACCAGCUUCAGCGAACCCUUCAGAGCCAAAAGCAGUACGAAGAGAAGAAUGCUGCCAAACUACAACAGGCCCGAGAGCUCCGUGACGCAGAAAUAAAACGCCGUGAAGAGGAGAAGCGCAAGGCCGAGGAGGCAGAGAAGGAGAGGAAGCGACAAAUUGCAGAAGAGCGCCAGCUCAUGAUUGAAGAAGCCGAGCGACUUACUGCCAUCCGCAUCGACGAAGAGAGGGCCAGGGAAGCCGCCGAAUACACUACUGACAGCGAGACCGGAGAGCGGUAUAAACGGCAACAAAAGAAAUCCAAGGGUGGCAAACGGAAAAAGAAAACCGAUGCAGACAAGAAGAGACAAGACAGUGAACCACAGCACUCCGGUUCAUCAUCUGACGGCGAAGGUGAAGAACGCGCCGCUGCCCCCAGAAAGAGAAGACGUCUUGAACGACGCGGAAACGCAAAGUCAAAUAAGUAUAAAAGUACCGAGAUUGUCGUCGACUCCGACAGCGAGGCGGAAGAUGCUGCUGAUGCCAAUGGUGAUAGAGCUGGUUCCGCGUCUGCAGCUCGAAACGAUGAGGAUGAGGAUGAAGAUGAUCUUGUACAACGACGAAAGAAGAAGGCCACUUUGCGAAUUGAAGAUGAUGAGGACGAGGACGAGGAGCCUAAAGCAGCUACGCCUGCCGGUGAUGAUAACGAUGACCUUUUCGACGAGAAGUCGCCAGCAGCCGAAGGAGAUGCUAAUAAAGAUGUUGAAAUGAAAGGCACCGAAGAGGAAGAAGAGUGA